AUGGAAUUUGCCAUGGUGGGCGCGGACAGCGGGGGUUGCAACACCCACCUGCCCUAUGGAUAUGCCCAAACUCGCGCCAGAGAGCGCGAGAGGGAGAAACAGACUCGCGCGGCGGCGGCUGAUGCCAUAACGGUUGGAGAGGGAGGUGGGGGCUCUGGCAAUCCCCACAACCUCCCGCAUCAUAGUCUCAACGCCUCUUCAACGAAUGCCAACAACAGUAGCGCCGGUACCGCCUCGCGCCCCUCCUCCUUCCAACAGCAGCAGCAACAACAGCAACAGCAAGAGUCACCACAGCACCUUCCCAGAGAGCGAAAAAAGCAAAGAGGCGUCGCGCGCUGGAGACGAAACCGCGCGGCACUUGGCGGGGAUCUACGCCACUCAGAGUUGGCGCUCCUAGGAUCCGAGGAGGACAUAAUGAUAGAGGAGGAAGAGGCGGAGAGCGAGGAGGAAGAGGAGGACAGGGGAAGCAAGAGGUCGAGUUUUCUCUUUAACGUGGACGAUGAAGAGACGGUUUCCUUAACGGACCGACGUCCUCAGUCAGGAUAUGCAAAUGUUUACAGUGAGUACGGCUGCUGCGAGAGAGUUGUCAUCAACGUGUCGGGCUUGAAGUUUGAAACUCAGCUGAAGACUCUCGCGCAGUUUCCGGACACUCUCCUGGGGGACCCUGAGAGACGAAUCAGGUAUUUCGACCCGCUGCGCAACGAAUACUUUUUUGACAGGAAUCGACCAAGCUUCGACGCCAUUCUGUACUACUAUCAGUCAGGUGGCCGGUUAAAGAGACCCGCCAAUGUGCCGUUUGACAUAUUUUCCGAGGAGGUGAAGUUCUAUGAACUCGGGGAAGAGGCAAUGCUGAAGUUUCGCGAGGAUGAGGGCUUUGUGAAAGAGGAAGAGAAACCGCUACCCGAGGACGAGUUCAAACGUCAAAUUUGGCUCUUGUUCGAGUAUCCGGAGAGUUCCAGUCCAGCCAGAGGGAUUGCAGUCGUGUCAGUGUUGGUUAUCGUCAUAUCCAUCGUCAUAUUUUGUUUGGAGACAUUGCCAGAAUUCAGGGAUGACAAAGAAUUCCAUAGCCCAGGUAAAAAUUCCACACACGCCGAAAACGGAUUUACGCCGUUCAACGACCCCUUUUUCAUCGUUGAGACGGUAUGCAUCAUUUGGUUCUCGUUUGAGAUAAUUGUCCGUUUUUUCGCGAGCCCCAGCAAAGCUGCUUUCUUCAAAAACCUUAUGAACACCAUAGACAUUGUCUCGAUUUUGCCUUAUUUCAUAACUCUCGGCACAGAACUCGCGCAACAACAACAACCGCAAGGCAACGGGCAACAGGCAAUGAGCUUUGCGAUCCUGAGAAUAAUACGACUUGUCAGAGUUUUUAGGAUCUUCAAACUGUCUCGACACUCCAAAGGUCUCCAGAUCCUCGGACACACUUUGCGCGCGAGCAUGCGAGAACUGGCGCUGCUCAUCUUCUUCCUCGUCAUUGGUGUCAUCCUGUUCUCCAGCGCCGUGUUCUUCGCCGAGGCGGAUGAACCCACGUCACAGUUCACGAGCAUCCCCGACGCUUUUUGGUGGGCUGUAGUGACUAUGACCACGGUGGGCUACGGGGACAUGAAGCCCAUAACGGUCGGGGGGAAAAUAGUGGGCUCGUUGUGCGCAAUAGCAGGUGUCCUGACCAUUGCUCUUCCAGUCCCCGUCAUCGUAUCCAACUUCAACUACUUCUAUCACCGGGAGACUGAUAACGAGGACCAAACGCCCGUUGUCGAGCAACCCCCGCAGGGUUGCCCAUAUUUUACGGAUUUCCUCAGAAAAUGCAAAGGGUCCCCAUCGGGAUCCUCUUUGGGUGACAAGGCGGCCGAGUAUAUGGAGAUGGAGGAAGGCGUGACAGAAUCUCUAUGCGGUGUUGACACACAGAGCCCAAAUAGAGGGAACGGUACUGAUAUAGGCGGGAAAAACAGUUCACAUUCACGAACCCUACAGACAGAUGUAUGAUUAUAGAAAAUGGUAAUCUUCGCGUUAGGUUUUCGUGAACAUGACUGCACAAAUAAAUCAGUCAACAGCACACAUGCACAACUUGAAGACAUAGACGAGCGUGCGCAAACGCACACAGAGACACUCGCAUUCACUCUCAUGCAGUUCCGGACCUAAGCUGAAGUAUUUUUGCAAUGUGGCUACUUUUGUAGAGAAACAUAGCUAUCCUGUAACCAGGUGACAGGCGACACAAAAAUCACCAGCUUUACGUGACGCGGAGAGGUGUCUAUAUCGGCCCACCUGUUCUGUUGUUAGAACUGAACAACAAUGAAGGCAACCAAAAAGGAAUUUGCAUAGGCACUUUAUGAGUUACAUUUGUCAGUAAUUGUAGGAAAAAAGAGGCGAGUUCUUAUUUAAUGCUAUUAUGCAAUAACGUUUAAAUCGUUUGCACUAUCAUCAGUUCUGUUAUAGUCUCCCAGAUAAAAGAAAUAGAUGUAACAUUGAGCCAGAGAGAGAUAAUAAUAUUAAUAUAAAUUGCAUUAAUAAUUUGAAAUAAUAUAUAGCAAUUACACACUGCAACCUUUGUUGUCAAGAACAAUUAGGUGAAUGUGUCCCAUACUAACUAAUUAUUUGAACACACCAUUUGUAUUAAUUGGAGAGCAGCAUGUUGCGUUAGGCAAUGAUAUCUAAAGUCCCAUUAUGGCAAACAAAUUUGUCAGCAUGCCAGUAUUUAGUACAUACUACACUCUGGUAAAAACUCUUUUAGCCCACCCCAGUCUAGUUAAUUGUGCAUUGUACAGGGUGGCUGAAAUGUCAUUUUAGUCAGUCCCUUUUGUGAGUAUUAAAGAAGAAUAAAAACAAUCGUCUUAGUUUUUGUGAAACGGUACACUGCAUUCUGUAGUUCAUUAGCAAACACUGUAAUUCAUUCAUCAUGCGAUCAAGGAUGCAUUCUCUCUGAGCAUAAAUGUCACUUUCUGGUAUGCUGUGGCCAAAAUACCGGUUUUACAACUGUCUCACAAAAUAAACACCUUGUAUAACAGAAUCGAUGACACCAUGGCUUGAAGGAUCAGUUUGGCUGCUGUUACUGUUAUGGGAGUAUUUCAAGGGAAUGCUUCAUGCAAUUAAUUGUUCUUUGUUCCUUUACCAAAAUGACAAUGCAUCCCUUUAUAAAAAUGUUGGCAGAAAUGUACAGCCAAACAGCACUGAUGGAAACACGAACUCGCUUGUUUGGUGGACUUCAUGCACAAGAGUACCUGCAUUCCACAGCGAAUUCUAGUCCUCCUGGAGUGCACAAUGACCACUGGGCAUGCGCAGUUCAUUUUGAGAGUGUUGUGAGUCUUGCCUAUGAGAAACUUUUCCAUCAGCAUUUGGACUCCUACAAAGGGGAAUGGCCAUGACUGACAGUCAGUGGAUGGGACAGACCCGUUGCCACAAGUGUCAUUGAAGUUACAGCUGGACAUCAGAUGAAAAUGGACACUGCAGCCCCUCCAACGAGCUGUAAGACAGGAAGUCCAUCGUCAAGCCAGGUGUCAAUAACUGUUUUAGACCCACCCUAAUAAAUGCCUUAAAGACACAGUACACUACAUCUCUAUGUUGAGGAACCUGCAGCAGGAGACCUCUUAAAAAAAAGAGCUUGACAUGUUUUAAGUUUCCUCUUUACGAGUGAAUCAGUGUCUUGCAAAAAACAGAUGUGAAUAUUUUCUUAUAAUAGAGAAAUAUUUGUUUGGGUGUAAAAUUGCCACUUGUUUUUGUUUGGUAGGCCUGGUGAAUGGUGUUAAAUAUAAGUAAAGGGAAAGUCUACUGUCUGUCUGUGGCAGCCUCUUCCAUUUAGCUUUGUCCUUUUUUUAUUUCUUAAACCAAAAGACUGCCAGCUGGAUCUGAGAAAUUCAGCUGCAGUGUUUAAUGAUGUCAGUUUGGAAGUCCUUCCUGGGUCACACAUUUACAGUAAGAAUUCAGGGUCAAAAUCACAUCCCGCUCAUCGCCAAACUCAUUUAUUUUGCAAGACCUCAAAUCUAUACUAAUCAAAACCUGGUCUCAUACAAUCACGUUACUAUUCCUACAUUUUUGCUAAAUUAUUUUUAUGUUGCUUGUUGUUCCUAUUCCAGUUUCACCAGUACAACCAAUUUACUGAUUAAAUGAACACUAGAAGCGCUAUAAUAAUGACCUUAUUCACAGUAGCGUCAUCAUAAAUUUUUACGGAAAUGACAACGAGGCUGUGAGGGAUAGACUCUUAAAUGGGUUAUUCUGUUGUUUAGUGUCUUGGAUCAUUCCAUUCACAAAACAUUGAAAAGAAAAAACUUCUCUCUAUGGAAUUUAAGUAGAUAAAAAAACUGUGAUCUAGGAGCUUUAUACAACUUUAUGCAAUGCAUUGCAUUGAAGAGACUGUACGUCUGUCACUCACAGCCUCGUUUUCAUUCACGUCAGAAAUCAAAUAUGGCACUUCUGUGAAUAGAUCAAAGAUUUGUAAGGUGAUACAUUCUAACUUUUACAUUAACUAAACAACUACAUUUACAAGUCUUUUCAAACACACUCAAGUUGUGCUGCAUCUCAUCUGAUAGAGUGCUGCAUUCGCUCUUCUGGGUACAAGUCCAGAAGAGGAUGGGAGUCGACACAUGAGACAAAAGUAUUGUAGAAGCACCAUAAAAAAUUAACUGGGCACUAUUUCCCAAAAGCAUCGUAUGCCUUAGUAGAUUGUGGAAACCACUGGUCCAAUUUUUUGAAACGCAGCCAUGGUUGCUUCAGGAAUUGCAUUUUUCAUAUCACAGUUGUGUUGAUCACAUUAAUGUCAUUUUGCAAAUACGUAGUCACGGGCACGUAAUUUUCAUGAGAUCAGGCUGAAUAAUCAAGAAUCGUUAGCUGUAUCCUUGUCAUCAAAAUCCUGAAAGUUUUGUAACACCCAGAGGACUUAAACAUUAGUAAAAUUCAUGUGAAAUGGACCUACAUUAUUAGCUUUUUUGUUGGUCUCCAAUGUGCAGAUAAAUGACAGAGCAGAGGGGGGUGAAUUAUGAGUACCAUCAGACUCGCUGGACAGCUGGUUGAUGUUCAUGUAAUUCAGUGCAGCACUGGACUGAUGCCCGAUGCUCAGACGGCGAACUGGGUCUGCUGCUCUCUGCAGUUGUGUGCGCCUGGUGUAUCCACAUUAAAUAUCUGCGAUGCCCAGUUUUGGCCAACCUCUACAGAGUUUGGUUUAUAAAUAUUAUAUAAGUCGGUUAAUUGCAAUAGGAAUAACAGUGAGCACUACAGCACUUCGAAAGUGUAUUACAAUAGUAAGCUGUUGUGUACUGGGAAUUUUGGUAUCAGAGUUCAAUUUCCCCUUCCACAAAACUCUCUGUAAAUGGUGCCUCCAACAGAAGACUGCAAAUUAUAGUGACACACACUGACAGCAUGACAAUAAAGCCACAUAUAAACAGAUCUGCAAGUCAUAUUCCCAGUUAACCAAUAGUCUUUCUGUCAUGAGACAAUGGAGGUGAAAAAAACACAAGGAGACACAACUGAAAGAUUCGAUACUCUCUCUCUGAAAUGACUGCCCCACAGUACUCCCUGUCUUUAGCUCUCUUUUCAUCUCCCACUCCUUUUUCUUUCACUAACACUCUGCCUCUGUCUUUUUUUCCCUUCCCUGCCUAUCUGACAUGCAACUAAGCAUGCAGACCAGGGCUUAUGCACACUGUUUUCUUCUCUUUCUCUGUCUGUCAGUCUCUCUCUUGUAUAUUUACCUGUUGGAAUCUAGUCUGAAUAGACAUGCCAGAAUUUUAAUAAAGGAUAAAAGAUUUGUGGUCUAUAUGAACUUAUAGAAUAUAAACGUGAACAAUGUAUAGAACGAACCAGCUGCUCUGUUGUCAUGGAUAUACAUUCAAGUAAUCUGUAUGCAAAGUUCUAUGGAAGUGUACUAUCUAUUUUUUUAAAUCUAGCCUUGAAUAAUAUAUAACCAAAGUCAAACCCUAAAAAUCUAUGUUCUAUGUUUGGACCUUUAUUUUUUGAAGAGAUUUAGACCUAGUAAAACUAGAUGCACAUGAAACAUGAAGUAUGUACAUAAGCAGAUGUCUAUUUUAUUGUGUCCUCAAGGUCACACGUCAUUUUAGGCAGAUCUACUUUUUUUACUGUUAGCCUUCUGAAGUCCCAGGCCCUGUUUUCUCUUGUUCUUCUGAUUCCUAAUGGUUUUUGUGAAACUCGUGGAAGCCGAUCCUGCCAGUUGCAGACUCUCUCCUCAGCUCUCUCUCUCUCUUUUUAGCGUGUGUGUUAGUAGACUGGUCUCUUUAGCAGAGGACCACUUGAUCCAUAAGAUCAUCAGACAAAUCAGCACCAUGAAGCAUCUAAACAUGGAGCAUUGCGUCACAUCACAUGUUGUAGAUCUGCAUAUGACUUUAAUAUGUACUGUAUAUAACAAGUAAUAUUAUGUCAUUAUGACGUGUUGCUCUGUGCGAUUGGAAUGGUUUACAUUGAAGAACAAACAUUCCUUUGCAAUUCUCUUUCUUUAUACACUGAGUCAACAGCCAAGAAUUAUCAGCCAACCGUGGGGAGACUUUGUUUCCAUGGAGAUGCUCUCCCAGUGCUGACUGGUCAGCUGGGUUUGGAGAAAGAGGGAGCUUUACCCUGUGAAAAAGGAGAAUUGCCUGCUAAAUGAGAUGAACCAUAUCAGCACAUCCUCUCAAUGAUUUGAUGUAAUGUUUUUUUGUUUACAUACAAGUAUACUCGUUCAAAUGGUUUGCAAACUGUUGCUGUUUAAUGUACACAGAACAUAAUACAAAGGAGAUAUCUCUAAAAGCUUACUUAUUAGAUACAACACACCACAUUACUAUUAGGAAUUCUGCUUUUCUGAUUGGAAAACAGUCAGAUAAAGCCAUUGUGUGAGAGAUAUUCAGUCAAAACUAAAAAGAGCCUUUGAAAUGUGUCUUAAAAUAUAGCAAUCAGAGAGUACCUGAAAAAAAAAACCUUAGUACACCAAUGUGAUAUUUGAUGUAAAGUAUGAACACAAUUUUGUCGUGGCUUUAAUUAUAGCACAUUGUUAAUGGAUUUCAGUGAGCUUAGAUGAAUUCUUUAGAAGCAUAAUUAGGCAUUUUUCACUUUUAUAAAGUGUCGUAAUGGACAGAGUUACCCGUGUAACGCUUGGCUACUUACUCAUGCAGUAAUGAAACCGCGGGAGAACAUUGCUGACUGGAAAAGAUCUCUUUCAAUUACCAGAUCAGAUUACUUAUUGUGUCAAUCAUACACCGCUGUACGCUACAGGUGGCUAAAGGAACAAUCACAAGCAAGGACAACGUUUUCUACAAAUCCAAAGAAAAGAUAAAUCAGAAAUAAGUAUCUAAUAUAUCUGCUAAUAUAUAUUAGCAGAUAUAUUAGAUACUUAUUUCUGAUAUAUAUAUAUAUCCAGUUCAGAAGUCCCAUCGAUGAGAGGUGUUAGUGUGUGUUGGGUCAUCUGUUGUGCCUCCUAACAAACAUGCAGAGGGAGAUUGGUGAGCUCUUGGUGAGUCUGUAUUCUUACAAAGAACAAUCCAGACUGGAGGAAAGUGUAUAGAAUCAUCCCCCUGAAAGAAGUAAAUAAAUAACCCGAUGUUGUGAGUUUUGGAUGGGCUUGCCCUUUCUUUCUGCAUGAUGCUUUAAAAAAAAAAAAAAAAAACUUGCAUCCUGACUAAAGAUGUAUUUGUGUUAUUUAUUUAUUUAUUUAAUUGUUUGUUUGUUUUGUAUAUUGGAGACCCUAUAUCAUUUCUUUCUUUUUGUUUGGGGGUAAAUUCAUCAAUUUUCUGUAUUUUUCUACAUGCAUAUAAUUUUG